UUCCUCCAACUCCUGUCUGCCUCCUCUCCAUCCCCCCGUUCCCUCCACCACCGCCACCACCACCGGCCUUGCUCGUCUCGCGGCGACCCGCGGCCGCGCUCCCCCGCGCCGGAACCCUAGCGGCCGCCAUUGCCCCCGCGCCGCGCGCUCGAUGGACGGAGGGGGCUCUGGGGCGGCGCCGAACGCCGCGCGCACCGCUGAGGAGGUCUUCCGCGACUACCGCGCCCGCCGCGCCGGCAUGAUCAAGGCCCUCACCACCGAUGUGGACAAGUUCUUCAAGCUCUGCGACCCCGAAAAGGAGAACUUGUGCCUUUAUGGGUAUCCCAAUGAGACGUGGGAGGUGACCUUGCCAGCUGAGGAAGUGCCCCCAGAGAUCCCUGAACCAGCAUUAGGAAUCAACUUUGCUAGGGAUGGCAUGAACGAGAAGGACUGGCUGGCGCUAGUUGCAGUUCACAGUGAUUCCUGGCUACUGUCUGUAGCAUUCUACUUUGGUGCCCGGUUUGGGUUUGACAAAGAAGCUAGGAGGCGACUCUUCAGCAUGAUAAACAACAUGCCUACAAUAUUUGAGGUAGUGACAGGAUCGGCCAAGAAACAGACGAAGGAGAAGACACCUAACAGUAGCAGCAAGAGCAACAAGCCUAGUUCAAAAGUGCAGUCAAGAGCUGAGGCUCGUUCGAAGGCCAAGGUCCCCAAAGAUGAAGAAGAGAGCGGUGACGACGAUGGGGACGAGGAGGCGGAAGAGCACGACAACACCCUGUGCGGGACCUGCGGAACCAACGACGGCAAGGACCAGUUCUGGAUCUGCUGCGAUAACUGCGAGAAGUGGUACCACGGGAAGUGCGUCAAGAUCACGCCCGCCCGGGCCGAGCACAUCAAGCAGUACAAGUGCCCGGACUGCACCAACAAGAGGGCCAGGGUGUGAACGACGACCGAGCACCCCAGCGGCCUUUUCAGGAGGAAACCAUCUCCUGGCGCCGGGAUCAUCCCCUAGAUAUGGCGUAGUUUCCUAGCCUGUAAAACCCGCGUUUCUAUUUAUGGUUACAUAUCUGUUGGUUAGUUGUUCGACCUAGCUGUGUGUCUCUAAAACGUGGCAUGUCCCCUGUGUUGAGUGUUGACGUGAGCGUCUCUCUUCCUAGUAUGUAAACACUGGAGGUACCUCUCAACUGACCAUUUCUUCAUUAUUCGUGCAGUGCACUUGGUAGUAGUGACUAGUGACUGUAGUCUUUGUUAACAGUUCCCAGCA